GCAUACAGAAAACAAAUCCCAUAGUGACUGAGUGAGUAUGCACAGCUUGGACCUAGAUUGUACACCCCUGAUCAUGGGGCCCUGCAGGGGCGAACUGACAACUCAUGGGGCCCCCGGGCAAUAGGGGAUUAUGGGGCCCCUGUGUCCUUGCCCAAACUCAAAAAAGCCUAUGAAAAAAGGUACCAGGGGCAUCUCAUGGGGCCCCCUACUGACCCGGGGCCCUCGGGCAGUGCCCGAGUUUCCAAAUGGUCAGUCCGCCCCAGGGCCCCUGUGUCCUCGCCCACACCCAAAAAAGCCUAUG